AUGAAGGGAUUCACGGUCCUGUUUACUACGCGUCAGGCAUACCCUAUUCUGAUUCUAUUGCUGGUCGGAUACGCCAGCUGCGAAAUCGAGAGACGCACCUCGAAGCAGAUGGUCGAGGAGUCGCCGGAGAGCCUGGCCUCGACCCUCAGCAAGGACUGUGGCAAGUCUUACAGUGCCACCUGCCUGAAGCUGGACGUCGUCUCGUUUCUGGACAGGCUCUCCGAGCAGGAGGACAUCAGCAUUCUCCCUGGGGUGUCCGUGAUCAAGGAGAACGGCUCGGCGAACAUGCCGGCUUCUGAAGUGGUAGCUAAUCUGGCCAGAGAUUUCCCGAAUGACGUCGAGAAGAGGCUCGACGCUUACCUGGUGCACAAAGUCGGGUCCUAUCUGAACAGCCACUCUAUCUCUAUCAAACUGUUCGACCCUAGGACUUUCGAGGCUGCUAGGAGCUUCAACGAGGAGACACUGGCUCAGCUUGGUCUGGGUGGUGGACAGAACGUUGGAACCGGACGUAAGAAGGACAAGGGUGGCUACGGAGGUCUUAUGGCAGGUCUGAUGAUGAUGAAAGGUACUUUGGGCGCGGUGGGCUUCGGUGCCCUCGCUCUACUCGCCGGUAAAGCCCUGAUGACCGGUCUGAUGGCUCUCAUGCUGUCAGCCAUCAUCGGUCUCAAGUCCCUGGCUGGCGGCGGCGAGAAGAAGACCACCUACGAGAUUGUCAGCAAACCGGUGUACUCAAGCUCCCACACCCACAGCGCCGAGGAGCACCAUGGCCACGGUUACGGUCAUUCUGGAUACGGUAGAUCGUUGGACGCCGUAGAGGACACCAUUCAUCAGGGUAUCAUGAAGUACGGAAACGCGCGGGACCGUCGAUCGAUCCGGAUGAAUUAA